CCCUCCCGCCUGCCGGGAUCAUGUCGCCGCCGCUCUUCAGCCUGCCCGAGGCGCGGCUCCGCUUCACGACAUCCACCAGAGAGGCUCUGAUUAACAAAAGCAUCAAGCCGUUGUUGAAUGCGUUUAACCAGGUUCCUGGAAGUGAAAAUGAAAAGAAGUGUACCUUGGAUCAAGCUUUUAGAGUUGUUGUAGAAGAAGAAAUAAUAAACAAAGCUCCAUGUGAGAAUCUCCUGGCAAUUAUUUCUCUUGCUAUUAAUGGAGUCACAGAAGGUAUCUGCACUGCAUCAACUCCUUUUGUGCUUUUGGGGGAUGUUCUGGAUUGCCUCCCUUUGGAUCAGUGUGACAAAAUUUUCACUUUUGUGGAGAAAAAUGUUGCUACAUGGAAAUCGAACACAUUUUACUCUGCAGGGAAGAAUUACUUGCUGCGCAUGUGCAAUGAUCUCCUAAGAAGAUUAUCUAAGUCACAAAACACAGUCUUUUGUGGAAGAAUUCAGCUGUUCUUGGCUAGGUUAUUUCCACUUUCAGAGAAGUCAGGGCUUAACCUACAGAGUCAGUUUAACCUGGAAAAUGUCACUGUUUUCAAUACCAAUGAACAUGAGAGCACUCUGGGACAGAAGCACACCGAGGAGAGGGAAGAAGGAAUGGAUGUGGAAGAAGGUGAAAUGGGAGAUGAUGAAGCACCAACAAGUUGUUCUAUUCCAAUAGAUUAUAACCUGUAUAGAAAAUUCUGGUCACUUCAAGAUUAUUUUAGAAAUCCUGUGCAGUGCUAUGAGAAGGUGUCAUGGAAAACAUUUCUUAAGUACUCAGAAGAAGUUUUGGCUGUUUUCAAAAGUUACAAAUUGGAUGACACUCAGGCUUCCCGAAAAAAGUUGGAAGAACUAAAAACAGGAGGAGAACAUGUGUAUUUUGCAAAGUUCCUAACUAGUGAAAAGCUGAUGGAUUUACAGCUGAGUGACAGUAACUUCCGUCGUCACAUCUUGUUGCAGUACCUAAUACUAUUUCAGUAUCUAAAGGGACAAGUCAAAUUUAAAAGUUCAAACUAUGUUCUAACAGAUGAACAGUCUCUUUGGAUUGAAGAUACUACAAAAGCAGUCUACCAGCUUCUUUCAGAAAAUCCUCCAGAUGGAGAAAGAUUCUCAAAAAUGGUAGAGCAUAUAUUGAAUACUGAAGAAAACUGGAACUCGUGGAAAAAUGAGGGCUGCCCAAGCUUUGUGAAAGAAAGACCUCCUGAUUCUAAGCCAAUGAGGCCUGUGAGGAAGAGGCCAGCUCCAGAGGACUUCCUAGGAAAAGGAUCAAACAAAAAAAUCCUUAUGGGGAAUGAGGAGCUGACCCGCCUUUGGAAUUUAUGUCCUGAUAAUAUGGAAGCCUGUAAAUCUGAGAGUAGGGAAUAUAUGCCAACACUGGAGGAAUUUUUUGAGGAAGCUAUUGAACAAGCAGACCCUGAAAACAUGGUUGAAAAUAAGUAUAAGGCUGUGAACAAUUCUAACUAUGGCUGGAGAGCACUGAGACUUCUGGCACGUAGAAGUCCCCACUUCUUCCAGCCAACAAACCAACAGUUCAAGAGUUUACCUGAAUAUCUAGAAAACAUGGUAAUCAAACUAGCCAAGGAGCUGCCUCCUCCUUCUGAAGAAAUAAAAACAGGUGAAGAUGAAGAUGAGGAAGAUAAUGAUGCUUUAUUAAAGGAAAACAAUGAAAGUCCAGAGGUGCAACGGGACAAAGCCAUGACGGGCGAGCAGAUCGAGUCCUUUGCCAGCAGGCUGGGGGAGCAGUGGAAGGCCUUGGCCCCCUACCUGGAGAUGAAGGAGUCUGACAUCCGGCAGAUCGAGCUGGACAGCGAGGAUGUGAAGAUGAGGGCCAAGCAGCUGCUGGUGGCCUGGCAGGAUCAGGAGGGCUCCCAGGCCACCCCCGAGAACCUGAUGGUGGCGCUGACCAAGGCUGGCCUCGGGGAGCUGGCCGAGAGCCUCACCAACGACGCCGAGGGCAGCAGCUAACUCGCCUCAGACGCCAGCUGACUGACUUGGGGCUGGGGGGUUGGUAAUUGUCACUCUUCUGGUGCUUGCCAUUGGUAAUUGUUACUUUUGUCACUAGGUAACAGAUUUUUGAUAGGUAUUUUUUGUUCGGUAAAUGAUAUAAAGCUUUUUAAUAUUACUGUGGGAUUGUCCAGAGUGUCUGAGAAAAGGAUUAGUCGCCAUGGCCUGGAACUAGGAAGCUUCAUCUUUGGUGGUAGAACAUGAAAGGGAGGAUGGAGAGUCCUGGCAGCUUUUGGGGCAGGCUGUGGGAGUUUGGUACCAGCAGAAUUUGCAUUGCUCCUGCUGGACAGAGAAUUGGCAAGCUCGUUCCUCACAGCAGGGAAGGACUGUGUGUGAAGGACUUUGGAGUCACUCUUUGGGGUCAUGGGAGCUGGGGACUGUCAAAAGAGGUAAAAUGAGAGAGUUGUGAUGGCACUCCAAGGCACAGCACUGCCUUCCAGGGAAGAAGUGCUGUCCUGCUCUCCCACUGAAGCACUGGUUCAAUGAUCAUGGGAUUUCCAUGCUGGUUUUUGUUAGUGAUUACUUCUAGCUUCUCAUUCUUUGGCUGUGUAGGAACACCCCUGAGUACUGGUAAACAAAGAAGUUUUUUUAUCACAGGUAA